AUGACAACCUUUUCAUUGGUGGCGCUUUCUAUUCUGAUCCUACUACUUGUCGUGGGAUUCUAUAAACGAUGUUUACAUUGGCUAUCGUCAAGAAAAGAAUCAUUGCAAAAUGCUUGUUCCGAAGGGCCUUCCGAUCUCAAGCGCAUGGCUCCAUAUCCAGCACAGCCGAUUCGAGGUCGAGAACGAUACCGGAUUAUGAUGGAUGUUCGCCGCUUAGACUCCCAAAAUUGGCUCACGCUCGACAAGAACUACAUGGAUGAGCAUCGAGUCAGAGAUCAUUUGUUGCGGGAAAAGAGAGACAAUGUUCUUCAAUGUCUGCCUGAGUCUCUCGUUGCUUGCCAAGAAGCGCUAGAAGAAGUAUCAGAGUUCCUUUGUGAGCGCUUCCCUGGCAUGUUUAAGAAGACGGUUCAAGGGAGCGACACAUGGAUUGAAAAUAAAGCCACAAAGGAGAGAUUCAAUAUCAGUGGCCAGGCCACUGUGAACAGCACUGAUGCCCUGGAGGCGGCAGUGCGGCUCACAAUGGAGGAUCUCAGUGUUUUGAUGAUAAAUGAUGAUGACGAGUAUUACCUGGCUGCCAGCGCAAGUCUGUUCCCUACAGGGUGGACAGUUGAUCAGCGCAUCGGGUGGACAAUUUCCCAAAUGCACGAGCCAGUUCCCCUCUGGCACCAGCAAGUAGCCAACUCAGUCAGCAAAUUUCUGGCACGUUUGUCCCCGACAUCGCCAAUGGAGCGCUCCAACUACUUCGUGGAAAUCAAGCGACCAGACGAGGAUCUUUUUGAGAUUCUAUAUCGACCAGGUUCUCUUUGUGAAAAGGCCCUUAUUGACCCCUCGCCUAAUGAAAUCAUAAUUCGUCGCGAGAGACAAACCUUUCGCCGCCUACCCCGAACAGGCGCGAUAGUGUUUGGCGUUAAAACCUAUCUGACACCAAUCAGUCAGUUACCAAUGCAAGAAUUGGAGAAUCUGGCCAAGGAGAUGUUAACAUGGCCAGAAUAUGUGAGCGAAUACAAAGGCAAGGACGUGUGGGGUAGAAAAGUUCUGGAGUAUUAUAACAAACGUGUUGCGGACAUUCAGAGCGAGUCCUCAGAAAAGAUUUCCACUGAG